GUUCUGCUCACCUGCUCCACCGGUGUGAAGGUGCGACUCUCCGCUGCUGCUGCACCUGCUGCCUUAUUACCGCGUCAUGUCGGAGGAGCUCGUACCGUGUGAACUAACAAACUCCCGCUCACCGAGGGAACCACCGGGGGAUUCUCCGUGGAUCGAGAGCAGGACCAUGGACUGCGAACAGCCCAUUUUCUCCGUGUUGAGCGGCGGCGGUGCCAAGGACAGGACGACAGCGGCGGCGGCGGCGACAGUGGUGGUGGGGGACACCGCGGUGGAGAGCUCCGGCGGCGGUGGGGGUGGAGGAGCAGCCUCUCCCUCCGAUACCGAGUCCGGGAUCUUCUCCGGUGAGAGUGAGGUCUGUGUGGAGCACGAGUCCGAGCUCGACUGGUUCUGCGGCACCGAACAGAAACUCAUCUGCUCCCACUGCGCCAUAGUGGGCUCCUGCCGCGGACACACCGUGACCCCUCUAGCCACCAGGGUCACAGCGAUCAGGAACGAACUGGUGGAUGUGUGUGAGAAAAUGCAGCUGCAGGCACUGAGGAUCGAAAGGUUCAUCGACCAGACGCUGAUAGUCAAAGAGCAAAAGCUCCAGGCAUCUGCGAGCAGGGCGAGGGAGCAGGUGCUGGCUCAGGUCAGCGCAGCACGGGAGGCCCUGGAGGAAGAGGAGCAGCGUCUGCUGGAGGAGGUACAGAGGGAGGAAGAGCGGGUGGAACAGUGUCUCCUCACCCAGAGGGCCCACUGGAGCCAGGCCGUGGUGAAUCUGUCACAAACACGUUCACGUCUGGUUCACACGCUCACGCACACUCCUGACGCACAGCUAGUGAUUAGCGUCCAGGACAUAGUUGAAAGGGUGGAGGAGGCAGAAGGGGUCGGGGAGCCCUGCGAUACAGAGCAACUCAACCUGAACCCAGGCUGCAGUGACAGCAAGCUGCUGAGGGGUCUGUGGGCCACGGCGGUGAUGCUCGGUCCAAAUGCCUAUGGAUCAUCAUAUUCAAAGUUUGACCAGCGCACUGUGAGCCCGCUCCUGUCCCUGUCCGAGGACUCCUGCACUUUGACCUUCCUCCACAAGAAAGCUCGCCAAUCCCCUCUGUACGACCCAGCACGAUUCGACUGUUGGCCCAACGCACUGGGUUCACUGUCCGUGUCCUCAGGCACCCACAGCUGGAUGGUGGACGUUGGCCAGAGUGGCGCCUUUAAGAUCGGGGUCUGCUACGCCUCUCUGGAACGCAAAGGCUCCGGGAAUGACGCGCGGCUCGGUUACAACACUCAGUCCUGGGUGUUGUCUCACUAUGACAGGGACUACUCCUUCUGCCACGCGGGGGAAAAGGUGCCCCUGCAGGUGGUGAGGACCCCCAAGAGGAUCGGCGUGCUGCUGGACUGGCCAAGUCAGACGCUGUUGUUUUACGAGCCAGACUCCUGCACCUUGCUGUACUGCAUCACACGAAACUUCACCGCCCCGCUGCUACUGGCGUGUGCCGUGACAGACCGCAGUAUCUCCAUAGUACACUGACUAUCGCCUUAGUACACAGAUUGUGCCAUAUGACAAACAAAUACUAAAUAACUUUAAAGAUGUGAAGAAUAGCAAGGAAGAGACUUUGUUUUAUCUCCAGACUUUGCAUCAGUUCUAUUUAUUCUUUUGUCUUUGUUAGAGAUGCUUUUUUACUGGUUGUGAUAAUUUGUCUGUUGAUCAUAUUAUGCAGUAGUUGUGCUAUUGUGCCUGACAGUGAUUGUUUUUUUACAAUGUUUUUAAUAUGAUUCUUUAUAUAAUCACUUUGAACUGUGUAAUGAUGUAAAAGAGUUAUUGAUUACACUGGUUGAUCCAGGACUACAAAUGUAAAUGUUAUGUUAUAUUCUCAGUAAUCUGACAAUAUAACACAUCAAGUUGACUGUUCGAUUUUCUGACUCUUAUGUUAAACAAAGUUAGUAUUUUGUAAUUUUUUUCAUUACUAUAAUAUUUUCUUUGAGAUCAAAAGCAUUGUGUUUGUUCUGUUGUGAAACAGCUGGGUUUAGUUUUACUUGCAGUAACAUGGCACUCAAUAGGAAGACAUGUGAACAGAAUGAUUGUAAAUGAUAAAUACUUGUCGUUCUCAUUGAGUUUUGUGUCAAUCUGAAAUUAAAGGUUUGAGGUUGGUUGUACCUGUUUA